AUGACGCUUGUGCACAGCAACAGUGGUUUCCGCGAUCCGUACAUCAUCCUCGGCCGAACCAAGUUGAUUGCCAUGAAUCGGGAGGAAAUCGAACUCCUUAUUUUCUACAAAAAAUCAAUUUCCUCAUUUUUUACGUCAUUUCUGGAUCAUUCGAGAUUCUUUGCGCAGUCAAUUCUAUUUAAGGCAACAGCUGAAAAGGCAAACGAGCUCAAAGAGCUGGAGCAAAAUUCGGGCAACAGUAGCACUGCUUCAGCGACAGGCCUAACUGUGAGCGAGUACAAGGACAAAAUUGCCGCUCUCGAAGCAGCGAAUGAGGAAUUGCGAUUGGAAUUGCAGCAAAAAAAGAGCAAAAUUAACGCAUUGGAAAAGAGCUGCGACGAAUUUGAGCGUGAGAAGGAAGAACUGAGGGAAUUGUUGCGGUCGACGAGCGAGGGACGUAAAAAAGAUCAAGAUUUGAUCGCCCAGCUGCAGAAGGAGCUAAAAGAGACGCAGGACAGCCGGCGCGAUGAGGAGGUCCGCCACGAAGAAGAGUUGCGAAGGAAAGAGGAGGAGUGA